AUGGGCGGUGGAAGUUCGCGAAACAAAACCGAACCACGUGGCGAGGGAGUCAAGCUCGCGUUUGACCCCGAUGAGAAAUGGUCGAACUUGUAUAGAGAAAGGGAAAAGAAUCACUUGUACAAGUGGGUCGCUGUCAGGAAAGGCGGAGAAUUGAUCAACAUUUACGAGCGAGAUGGUGAGGAAGGCGUCCUAAAAUUUGCAGAAGAGAAACUCCUCACAAUUCUCUAUGAUGAGGGCCAGAAUCCAAAACUUGUCACCUACAGUGAUUAUAUCAAAUGGAAGAAGGGAGUGAACGUGCAACUCGGGCUCAGCGAAGAGUCCGUGGACAUGCAGCAGAGCCGGUUCAAGGAGCAUUACGCACUUUGGAAACUGAACAAGAGAGGUGUGGAAGGCGAAAAUUUGAUCCAUCUUUUGUUGAACAGAGAACAGCAAGUUUGCUACGAAAUUGCCAGGAUUUUGCUCAAGCGGUUCCCUGGGAUGGCUAAUGACAUUUAUUUGGGGGAUGAGCAAUUUGGCCAAUCAGCCCUCCACCUAGCCAUUGUACACGAUGACUACGAGACCGUAAGCCUGCUUCUGAAUAGCAAGGCCGACGUGAAUGCCCGCGCCUGUGGAAACUUCUUCCUACCCGAAGACUUUAAGCUUACUAAUAAGAUUACUGACUAUCAAGGUUAUGCCUAUUACGGGGAGUACCCCCUAGCAUUUGCCGCUUGUUUUGGAAACAAGGAUAUCUACGAUUUGUUGAUUCAAUUCGGUGCCAACCCGAAUCUCCAGGACUCUUUUGGAAAUACUAUUCUCCACAUGUGUGUUAUUAACUAUAGUAGCUCCAUGUACUCCUACGCGGUCCGUCAUUGGGCAAAGCCUGCGGAUCCUCAUGUUGUCAACCACGCAGGCUUCACGCCGCUGACCUUGGCCACCAAGUUGGGUAGAAAGCAGAUUUUCGAGGAAAUGCUGGAGAUUAUGAAGGUGGAGUUCUGGAGGUUCUCGGAUAUGACGUGCUCCGCAUAUCCACUGAAUACUCUCGACACUAUUCAGCCGGACGGGUCUACAAACUACGACUCGGCACUAAUGACAGUAAUCAACGGGUCGACACCAGAACAUUUGGACAUGAUCGGAAGUGAGGUGAUCCAACGUUUGCUGGCUGAUAAGUGGAAGGCUUUUGCGCAGAGAAAACUGAUCGAACGUCUGGUACUUCUCAUUGUUCAACUCAUCACUCUAUCCAUCGUAGUAUACAUCCGUCCGACAGAGCUUCCCCGGCUCUACAUGGAAGAUCCCCAGUGGGAUGAUUACAUCCGUACCGCCUGUGAAUUGUUAACAAUUUUGAACUGCAUAUUUUUCGUCGGCUACCAGCAACUUGGAGAAAUUCGGACACAAGGAAUGCGGGGUUAUCUAAGGAACUUGAAAACCGCACCAGCCAAGGCAGUAUUCUGCAUAGCCAACCUCUUCCUACUCCUCUGUAUUCCGUUCCGUCUGAUGAAAAAACACGAAAUCGAGGAGGCUCUCUUCGUGUUCGCCCUGCCCGGUUCCUGGAUCUUUCUGCUCUUCUUCGCCCGUUCCGCUAAGCUCACUGGACCCUUCGUACAAAUGAUCUAUAGUAUGAUUGCCGGAGACAUGAUUCGGUUUGCGAUUAUUUCGGCGAUCUUCCUGGUUUCCUUCUCGCAAGUAUUCUACUUUGUUGGAAAAGACAUGGAUGCGAAGCAAAAACUAGAAGACACAAAUCCUCAUGCCUGUCGAAUUUCGGGAUACACAAUUUACACCUAUAACACUUUUCCAGAGACUUUUAUUACUUUGUUCCGAGCUUCGAUGGGUGGUUAUGACUACGAAGAAUUCUCGUGCGCCAACUACCAGGCUCUCACCAAGACGCUAUUCGUGCUUUACAUGUUCGUUAUGCCAAUUAUGAUGAUCAACAUUCUCAUCGCCAUGAUGGGUAACACGUACACGACGGUUAUCGCACAAGCCGAGAAAGCCUGGAGACAGCAGUACGCGCAGAUUGUGAUGGUCUUGGAGAGGUCGGUGGGCAAGGAACGGUUGGCGGCGAGUCAGUUGGAGUAUAGUAUUCGGUUGGAUCAGGAAGGCUCAUCUGGAAUGGAAGUUCGCGGUCUAAUGGUUAUCAAACAAACUAAAAAGACCCGUGCACGUCAGAGAAAGCAAGCAAUAUACAACUGGAAGACUAUCGGCCGAAAAGUGAUUCAUACCAUUGACAAAGUGGGUACCGAACAAGCAGUACUCCUUCUUCAUGGCCACGAUCGCCUCGACAGAGUCUACGAAGAUCAUGUUCAGCCUGAGAAAGUUCCCAGUCGUUCGAGAACUCCAACACGUAUCGGAACUACACUGAAUUCUUCAAAACGACUUAAGACUACUACAAUGGUUGUUGGCGCCGCUGUGACCAACACUCAUGAGGUACGAACGGAUGAAGCUGUGAAUAGCAUGCUCCUGUCAGCUCCGCCGAGUCUAUCAGGUGAAGGUGCAACGAUGGACUGGCAGCCGUCUAUUACACCGGUUGAGGAACGGAGUGAAUCGAAAUCACAGGAGGAUCGGUCAGAAGCUUCCACACCAAAUCUGGGAAUUCAUAGGACGACCCCAAAAGCUGAUUCGCCGAUUAGAGUUGUGGAAUAUAGCCGCACAAUCCGAGUCCGCGCGGCCGACACUAUCCCGUCCAUCGAACUUCCGAACAUCCCGACGAAGCAGACGUCUUCAACGCCCCCACAUCGUGCAGUAUCACCACGUCUCCGUGCGGAUAUGUUCAGGAGACACCAGCAACCGGCUUCGUUUGAUCAGAGUCCUCCACUCCCGCCGACAAAUGACAAAAGCGAAUGAGAACUUUUUUCUUCUAAUUUUUUGAAAACUUUUUUUCUUUUUUUAUUAAAAUUCCCCACUG